AAUGAGUUUAAAUAGAAUACAAGAAAAAGCUUAGGCCUUUACUUUUGGAUCAGAGUAAUUUCCACAAACAAAUAUUCCUAAAUCUACUCAUGAUUCCAAAUUGCCACCAUUUAAUAAAAUUUCAAAAUCGAAUAGAUAAUUACAAUUUCAAAAUUAAAACGAUUUAUCCAUAUAUCACAAAAGAGGAUUAUCUCAAUAAUUGACAGAUACAAUAAAUAAUAAAGAAAAUCAAUUUGCUUCUCUCAACGUAAAUCAAAGAGUACAAACAGAAACUAAUUCAUCUAUUACUCACAAACCUCCACAAUGUAGAUUCAGACUUCCAAGAAAAUCAUCGAAUUAUUCAAGACCUUAAUCAAAAGAAGACUAAAAUAGAUAUAAAAAUAUUGCUGAACAAAUGAAAUAAAUGUUUAUUCUUCAGAAAUAUUAUCUAGAGUAAGGUCAACAUGCACAAUUGCAAUAACUAUAUUAGUAAUUUGAAAUACUAUGUAAAAAAUUAUGA